GAAGACAUUCACCAUCAGGGUAAAAUAUCAGCUCUUCUCAACCGACUGGGCAAUUUACAUGCAGGACUAGAACCCCCUAUUCCAAGCGAGAGAAAAAACGCCACAGCCAGAUGUGCGCCUCCGUCAAAAACACAAGUAGUAAUUAGCUAUGAUACUGAUUGUUUGGAAAAAUUCUUGGAGAGCUCGGCUUGGGACGUUACUUGGUGUGUAUCUGCCAUGUAUACAGAUAUCUUUGGUGUGCUUUUGUUUAUCCGUAUGACAUGGAUAGUGGGUAUGGCGGGUGCGAUAGAGGGCUUCCUUAUAGUCCUUGUCUGCUGUGGCUGCACACUGUUGACCGCUAUUUCAAUGAGUGCCAUAGCAACCAAUGGUGUGGUUCCUGCCGGAGGGUCAUACUUCAUGAUCUCAGAGCCCUUGGACCGGAGUUUGGAGGGCU